CACUCACUCUCACGACUCACGACUUGCACAACCUCCCCUAUAUGCUGUCUCCUCCCUGCAGAGCGAGAGCAUCAGCAUCAGCAUGAGCACGUCUUCCUCUGCAAGCUCAAGCAUAGCUUCGGAUGCCAAAGACGUCAAGGAUGCGAGGCUAGAUGAACAAGAGGAUGCGAUUGCUGGCCCUUCGACCUCGGCAUCGACUUCAAGAGGAGCUGGCACUUCGUGGGAUGAUGCGCAAUCGCAACCGCAUCCGCAAGCGCGAUUGGGGGAUGAUGGGCAGCAGCCGGGCAAAGAAGAGGAGGGUGAGAACCUCAGCGAUGCAGCGCCCUCAUCAUCACCAUCACCACGCAGCGUCCCUCUUCGUACCGCGCCCCAAGCAUCAUCAUCAUCAUCACCAUCGUCGUCCCCCUCGCCCUCUUCUCCCCCACUCCUCCCACCAAAGCAAUCUCCUCACCCCCAUCACACACGCCGGCGCCGUCCCCGCCCACCGACCCGCUCGAUCCUCAAGCCCUCCCCCUCUCCCUCGGCCGCCAAGCCCUUUAGCUUUCGCCGGGACAUAAUCGAGAAUCUCAACACUCGGCUCGCACUGCAAGGCGUCAAUGUGCAGGUACCCCUUCCCCCACCGGGCAUGGGCAUGGGCUCGGCCGGCGUGUUAGGCGGGAUGAUCAAGCGGGCAGUAGGAGCCGCUGGGGCCGCAUGGAGUGGUACUACGGGCGGCGUUGAGGCAGGGAUGCAACAGCGCGGCGCAGGCCUUGGCGGGGAGAGGCCGGGUGCAACUCAGUCGGCGGGGGGCUCAAGCUCCUCCUCGCUCCUCUCUACCACUUCACCACAACAGCCUCCGGCCCCCUCCUCCCCGUCCACGCAGCUCCGUCGUGUCCAAUUCCACGUCUCCUCACUAAGGGUCGUCUAUCCAAUCUCCUCCUCCCUUCCCCCCCUCUCCGAAUCCCCCACAAAACAACGCAUCGAAGCUCAACAUCGUCAAUCACUCGCCUCCCGUCGCUCCACGCCCUGGACACCCACCGAGCUGCAAGACCUCUACAUCUCCUGCUGUCGCGCCCGAGAAGAGGUGCCCCUACCAGCGAUCCUGUCCCUCCUCGUCGCCCAAAACCCGCUCAAGAGCUUAGACCUCUCUCUUCACCCACUCGCGCCCCACUCCCUCCUCCCAAUCUGCGACCUCCUCUCAGUCCCUCUGCCCACCCUCCAGAAGCUCACCCUAGACCAUUGCGGCCUAACGGACGCCACCUUGCUCCUCGUACUGCACGCCCUCCUCGUAUCGGGGACGGUGGGGUCGUUGAGUAUUGCGGGGAAUCGCAAAGUGGGGGUAAGAGGAUGGAGAGGGGUGGGAGAGUUUCUGGCUAGGAUGAAGGGUUUGAAGGGGUUGGAUUUGAGUGAGUGUCCGUUGGGCAGGGGAGGGGUGGAGGGGGUUGUGGCUGGGUUGAGAAGGGGUGGCGGGGAGGAGAAAGUGACGAGGAAUGGCGACGCACGGCCUCCUGGGAAUGGGAAGGGCGUAGGGGAGGAGAAGGACAGGGAGAGGGACGAGCAGCGCAAUGCUGAUCCGGAGGCGAAUCCACACGCUGAGCAACAUAAGGUCAACGGGUCCCACGACUCCUACGCGCCGCGCGUCAGCACUCAGAAGCCCAGGAAUUCGGAUGAGCAUGGGGAUCACGCAGAACACGCAGACUCGGACUCGGACUCGGACUCGGAUUCAGCCUCUGCCUCUUCAUCGUCCUCCUCCUCCAAUGCGGAACCUCUCAUGCCCCCCGCGCCCCUUCUCCGCUCUUCCUCCUCUGGGAGCGGGUACGGCGGGGACGGCUCAAAUCUCACCUCGCUCCGCCUAGAGAACUGUUCGCUCCGCUCCGGCCCUACGCUAGCCCUGCUGGCCGAGGGCGUACGGCAUUCGGCGCUCAAGCACAUCAGCCUGAGGAGGAACAGGAUCGGUCCACAGGGCGCGGCGGGGCUUGCGGCUAUCCUCGUGGACUGGGGGGAGGACAAGGAGAAGGAGGGAAAGGUGGAGAGCGUCGAGCUGGGGAGUCCGCAAGGGGGAGGGGAGAUCAAUCAUGCAGAGCCAGGCCCCGCGCUGUCGGGCAAGCUGGGCGUCAAUGCCCUCGCUAAUGGGUCUGCCUCUGAUCCCUCCAAACCCAACCUCCCCCAUCCCCAUGCCGCGCCCCGUCCCCCUCUCUCCCUCUCUCCGCUCCUCACCCUCGACCUCAAAACCAACUCCCUCUCUACAGGUGGUCUCCUCCACCUCCUUCCCUACCUCCGCCGCAACAAAACGCUGCGUGUUCUCAACCUCAGCGAUAAUUCCAUCGACUCCUCGGGGCUACUUGGGCUCGCCGAGGUCCUCGGGGAGAACACGACGCUCGAAACGCUGGAUAUGAGCCAUAAUCCCUGCUGCGGCCCUGAAGGCGAAGCGGUUCGGGCGUUGGGGAGGGCACUGAAGAGGGGAAAAGGGUUGAAACGUCUCUUCCUCAACUCCACAAACCUCUCCACCCCCUCCUGCCUCCUCCUCGCUUCCGCCCUACCUGCAGCCCGCUCCCUGCUCCACCUAGACCUAACUCAGAACCCCUCCAUCGAUAUCGAGGGGAUCCUCUCCCUCGCUCGUGGCUUGGAGGGGAAUCGCACCAUUAGGUGUUUGGACGUAGAGGUCACCCCGGGUGAUGAAAGGGGGAUGGAGAUUAGUCGGGAGAUAUUGAUGGCCUGCAUCCGCAAUACCCGCCUAGCACAGAAACGAGCCACCUCUCGCGGACUUACGGCGCCUGUCGCCGCGCCCAUCUAUAGCUCGACGAUUGCGCGAGUGGCAAAGGAGAAGGAGGAGCAGGAGCAGGAGCAGCAGAGGGAACGAGCCAGCGCCAUCGCGACUGCGAGUGCGAGGAAGAUCACUCGUAAUAGCCAGCAAGGAGGAGGGGAAGAGGAGGAGAAUGAAGCCCUCCUACGCGCGGCGAAGGAGUGUGGCGAUUUUCUGCUCGAGGUGUUGGAGGGGAAGAGGGGGGCGAUUGAUCCUGCGACUGCGACUGCGACUGCGAGUGCGGGAGACGACGAGCUACUCCAGGACUUGGUGGCGCAGAGUAGGCGCUUGAGCAAGCAGCUGAGCCGCCUCAUCGAGGCACAGCGGCAAAACGAUACCGGACAUCGAGGAGCAGCAGCAGCAGACCCUCCCGGGCUGAUCGAUGAGGAUGCGCAGCAAGGACAGGACACGACGACGACGACGACGACGACGAAGAGAGUGCAGGACGACCCAACCACCUUGCUGCAUCGCGCCCUCCUUGCGCAAGAGCGGUUGGUGGGAAUCACGGGAGAGCUUGUGGCGUCCUUUGCUAGCAGGGAAAAGAAGCAGAUGGAGCCGCAGCAGCAGCGGGAGGAAAGGGAGGGGCGGGACGAUUCAAGCGGAAAGGACGUCGCCUCAUCUGGCGUGGGCGAGGAUGGAGAUGGAGAACGCGGGGCAGGCUCAUCGUCGUCGGCGCGUUUGGCCGAGAGGGGACGGGAGCAAGAAGAGGACCAGGACGAAGAUCAGCAAGAGCGCAAUUCCGACUCCGAGCCUCAAGGUUCUGGCCGACCCUCCGCAGUAUUAUCAUCAUCGCCAUCUCAAGUGGCCUCUCUCGAGCAUGCGGAGGCAGAGCAAGAAGGAUCAGUACCUCUGCACGCACACGCUCACGGCCACGCUCACGGCCAUACUGCAGAAGAGGAGCGGGCGCGCGAUAUGGUGGACGAGGAGGGCGAAGUCUUCCGCAAGGCUCGAGCCAUGCUACUGCGCGAGGACUCUGAGAGUCCCGCCCACUCUCGUCUCGAGGACUUCGACUCCGAGGACCAGCCGACGGGGCAAGAAGGCGAGGAAAGGGAUACGCGACCGCCUAUUCGUCGGGGUGAGGAGGAUGAGCAGAGCAAAGAGAAGCAAGAGUCCCCCACCCCUCCCGGCGCGGCUGAGGGUAAAGGGAGGCGGCGCAGCGCGAGUAGCGGCAGCGGCAGCGAGCAGGAGUGGCAGCGUGAUCGAGAGGACCCGGCAGCGGAGGCAGAGGCGGCGGCUGCAGCGGCGGAGUCUGCUUCUCGCGAGGCGGACGCACUGGCCGAGGUGGGUACCAGUGGCGACGAAUUGAGAAGACAACUCCUCCUUACGGCGAGGCCAGAGGAAGGGGUGCGGCAGGGGGACUGACGAGCAACGGACCAAGAUACCAUACGAUUCCAGACACACAAACGCAAGCGCGCGCGCGCACGAAUCUCGAGACGCUUCUCUUCCUGCCAAUGUUCAUUCGUGCUUGUCCCUUCGCCGAGGGUGCGUGAGUGACUGGUGCUAGUCGCAGGCGUUGCUGCCCUCGCGUAGGUAGGCAAGAGGAGUCUGGCUGUCACAAUUUGGCGUAGCAUGCAAAGGAGAUUGUAUCGGGAGAUGCCUCAUGUCUGGUAUCUGCUCUUGUAUCUAGCAUCAGC